AUUAUUCAACAACUUCUGGAGAGUAUAAUUAUUCAACAAGUUCUGGAUAGUUCAUGAUGUCAGUGAUGAUGAAGUUGUUACCGUCAUUGCCAUCUGCAAUCUGUUUCAGCACCAAAUUUUGGUAAUAACGAAGACAAGAUUGCGAAAAUUCUAUUAAUGAGCAUAUAAGAGCAGGUUGGGUUUUUGAAUUCCCACCAUCGUCAUUGCAUAGCUUAUACAGAGACAAUGGCUGAAUCAUAUCCAAUGAAAGGAGGAGAUGCUGACUACAGCUACUACAAAAAUUCCUUCUUUCAGAGAGAAGCCAUUAAUACUGCCAAAAGAUUGAUUGAUGAGACAAUUGCUCAUAAUCUUAACAUAAAAGAUCUCCUUUUUGGUUCUUCAAGCUCAUUUAAUAUUGCGGAUUUGGGAUGUUCAGUUGGGCCAAAUACCUUUAUUUGCAGUGAAAUAAUCUCUGCUCCAGAAAGUGAGAUAUUUUGCUGCUGGUUGUGCCCGGUUUCUGCCACGGCCGUUUUAUUUCCCAGGUCCUCUGUUCUUUCAUUCAUACUUCCCACUGCAGUUACAUUGGCUAUCUCAGGCAUAUGCCACCCAAGUUUGUCUCCUGCUUGGAACAAGGGCAGAAUUUUCUACACUAAUGCCUCAGCUGAAGUAUGCAAAGCAUAUGCCACCCAGUUUGCAAAGGAUAUGGAGAUAUUUUUAGAUGCUAGAGCUAAAGAGCUUGUGGUUGGUGGGAUUAUUGUGAUCAUGGUGCCAACCAUCCCCAAUGGGAUUUCUCAUUCUUGUGAAUCUUUUAAUUUGUUGUUUGAUCUUCUAGGAUCUAUCCUCAUGGAUAUGGCUAAAGAGGGAUUGGUGAGUGAAGCACAAGUGGACUCUUUCAAUCUGCCCAUGUAUAUUCCGCAUGCUAAGGAGAUGAUAGAACUUGUAGAAAGAAACAGAUGUUUCAAUAUUGAGAGAAUUGAAUCAUACAAGUUUUUAUCUGGUUUUGAUGUUUUGAACGACGGGCAAGCACUGACAAAGCACUUUAGAGCUGGCUUGGAGGGAAUUAUUAGCCAAAAUUUUGGAAGUGGGAUUCUAGAUGAAUUGUUUGAUCGGUUUCUUAAGAAGACGCAAGAAUUGUCUUCCCAGUUGCAGGCCAGCUUAGCAGAAACUUCUCAAGUAUUUCUUGCUCUAAAACGUGCGUGAUCAAUUCUCUGUGCUGUAUUCUAAUUUACAAGCAUAUUUUCUUUCUAAAGUUUUCUUGUUGAUAUGGGCAAGACCUGCUUCUCAAUGUUAAAUAAGUCAGCAACACAUUGUAAGAGUUGAUAUUGAUAAUAAAAUUGUGUAGACAGGAGAGAUUAUAUAUUUGAAUAAAUAUUAAAUCCUAUUAUAACA